AUGCUGGAAGAGAAAAGACUCUGCAUCUUGGGCGCGGAGCUGUCCGAGCUGGAGAUAUUUGAGAGACUUUUGCGAUUCUCGGGCGCUCAAUUAAGAUUGCUCCAGUGUUUUCAGGCGGUGAUUGAGCAUGGAUCCAAGCUAUCAGCAGAAUUGUCGAGCGCGUACCUAGCGCGUUGUGAACAGAGCUCUCGUGCGAGAAAUUCACUCAUACAUUUAGGAUUACGAUUAGGUGGAUUCCUUAAUGAAGCCGGCUGGUACGCGGACGCGCAGUGCGUGUUAGUUCGCUGUAGGGACAUUUGCCUCGCCCAACCACAGACCACACAUUAUAAACGACUAACACUCGAGUGUUGCCAUAGGUUAUUAAAUACACAAUCAGUAUACUGCUGUUUCCCGGCUGCGGCCGAGACUUACAAAUUGGCACUCAAACUCCUCGAUCUGCCGGAAGACACCACAGCACAGCUCCCAGAAGGUCCUAUUGCCAUUUCCGAAACCUGUUGCAAGGCCCUACAGACGGAUGGCGUUGAUAAUGAUAGGCUAGAGUACACAGAUGAAGAAUGUUGUACGGGCGGUGAGCGCGUGUGGGGCAUGUCGGCGUUACUCGCGCGUCUUUGCAAGGAGAUCAGCGCCCUCUUCUUCGUGCGAUGCGACUACAGCGCCGCAUAUGCGUGGGGCAUGAGGGCAUUGUCGCUUCUCACACCGGAUACGCCGCCCAAGAUAACAAUAGAAGUCCUCCGUGCGUGUGGAACGGCCUGUGUGGUGAAGAGACGAUUCAGCUCGGCGGGUUUGCUCGUGAGACAGGCUGUUGCUCUCGCUAGGCUCGUCUUUGGACCACAGCAUCCGAGAUAUGCGGCUGCCUUGUUGGAUUAUGGAUUCUAUCUGCUCAAUAUCGACUCUAUCACUCAUAGUGUGCAGGUUUACGAGGAAGCACUAUCAACCCUCCGAAGGGUGUUCGGUCGCAGUAGCCUGCACGUAGCCACGGCUCAGGAGGACUUAGCGUACGCCUUGUACGUCCUCGAGUACUCGUCGGGACGGUUUUAUAAGGCUCGGGACCACGCCGAAAGGGCCAUUAGGAUUAUUGAGAAUCUAGUACCACCAGACCACUUGCUAUUGGCCUCAGCGAAGCGUGUCAAAGCUCUCAUAUUAGAGGAAAUAGCGUUGGAUACACCGGCAGGGCAGGAUAUGAGAGAACCGAGUCUACUAGAGGAGUCCGAAGCGUUACACAAAGCAGCGUUAGAUUUGUCGAUGAUGGCGUUUGGUGAGAAAAACGUGCAAACAGCCAAACAUUAUGGAAACCUCGGACGACUGUAUCAGUCUAUGCAAAAGUUUCAGGAUGCAGAGACAAUGCACCUCAAAGCGAUAGCAAUAAAAGAAGAAUUACUUGGAGCAGAAGAUUAUGAAGUGGGCCUGAGUGUGGGACACCUCGCUUCACUCUACAAUUACCACAUGAACCAACACACGGCUGCUGAGAAGUUGUAUCUGCGCUCGAUUAAUAUAAGCCUGAAGCUGUUCGGCGAGCGCUACUCGGGGCUGGAGUACGACUACCGCGGCCUCGUGCACGUGUUCACGCAGCUGAAGAGGCACGACCGCGCACAUCACUACAACGGGCUCCUGCAGCACUGGCAUGAUCUCCGCGAACAAUCCAAAGCCGAACAGCAGCCCGCGAUAGGUGAUGAGAAAGUGAUUCCUCUCGAAGAGCUGCAAGAGAAGUUCUUCAGCACACGCUGA